AUGUGGCUAUCCCGCAAGAAUUCAAUCAAUUCUACCCCUACCAGCCCUCGCCGAUCAAAUUUCAACCGCCAUUCCUUCAAAAACAUCGACGAUCUCUUAGGCGAUGAUGACAAAACCGCUUCCACCACCGCUGAUCAACCGAAACCAAGAAAGAAACCGUCAUCUCCGGUCUCAUCAUCUCCACCAAAACCGAAACACAGACCAUCAUCUCCAGUAUCCUCAUCUCCACCAAAACCGAAAUAUAAACCGUCAUCUCCGCUUUCAUCACCUCCGGCCGCAGCCUCAGCCGCCGGUAAACAACGCCAGUCCGUCUUCCACCGCAUGUGUCUCGCUAAUCAUUUCACGCGCACGCUAACAUCUUCUCGAUCUAAACCAAAAAUCCAUGAAAAACCUAACAAAGCGCACGAUAGCACCGCUCAUGAAAAACCUAACAAGGUGCACGAUAGCAUCGCUCAUGAAAAACCUAACAAGGCGCACGAUACCAUCGCAUGUGAAAACCCUAGCAAGGCGCACAAUAGCACCGCACAUGAAAAGCCUAAUAAGGCGCACGAUAGCAUCGCCCUUGAAAAAUCUAGCCGAGCGCACGAUAGCAUAUCUUCAGAAAAACCUAACAAGGCGCACAAUAGCGAUGCUCAGGGAGUUAACAUACCAAACUCCGAACAACGCGUGGUCGUAUACAUGACAAGCCUAGGCGCCGUACGGCCAACGUUCGACGCUUGCCGAGCCGUGCGAUCAAUACUGCAAGGGUUUCGUGUGGCGGUGGACGAGCGAGAUCUGUCAAUGGAUGCAUCAUUCAAAGAUGAGUUGCAAAAUAUCAUGUUACCGGCUCAGAAGAACAAACAGGUAGGGUUACCUAGGGUUUUCAUAGGCGGACGUUACGUCGGCGAUGCGGAUGACAUGCGGCAGCUGAGUGAGACUGGAGAGUUGAAGAGGUUGGUGGAAGGGCUGCCGGCGGUGUCGCGCGCUGUUUGUCCGGGAUGUGGUGAUUUCCGGUUUGUGAUAUGUAGUGAUUGUAAUGGGAGCCGGAAGUGUUAUAGGGAGAAUGGGGAGUUUAGGAGUUGUUUGGUUUGCAAUAAGAAUGGGUUGAUCAGGUGCCCUACUUGUUGGAGUGCUGUAAAAUCUUGA